AUGAACGUCUGGGUCGCUGCUAGUGACGGACUUACUGCCCAGGUUGAGGAACUCCUGCAGCAGACUGGCGCCGAUGCCAACGUGAAAGACCCCAACGGCUACACCCCGAUGCAUGCCGCGGCCGCCUACGGCCACAUCGACCUGCUGCGCCUGCUGAUCGCCAACUACCGUGGCGACGUCAACGUGCGUGACAACGACGGCGACACACCGCUGCACCACGCAGAGGACCUGCAGACCGUGCGUGUGCUGGUCGAAGAGCUCGGCGCGGACCCCUCGCUCCUCAACGCAGACGGGAACACCCCGCUUGCCGUAUACGAGGACGACGCGGAGAACGCGGAGCUCAUCGAGUACAUGCGCGCGCGCCUCGGCGGCAGCGCCUGCGGCCCUGCCGCGGCCGACGCCGCGGCCGACGCCGCGGCCGACCUCGAGCUCCCGGACAUCGACUCCGGCAAGCUGGCCGAGUUCCGCGAGAGCAUUCGCUACACGCUUGAAAACGUGCCUGCCGACGAGACAGACCCGGAGAGCGUGCAGCGCCGCCAGCGGCUCGAGGAGAUCAUGCGUUCCGACUGCCCCGACGAGCAGCUGGAGGCUUACAUUAGAGACAUGGUCCGGAACCAGUUUUUCCCCUCCACCGACGACACCAACGCCAAGCGCAGACGUUGA